UUAGCUCCCUCUUGUGUUCGGUAGGAGAGGACCCCAGCUCGACAUUCAUCAUUGCUUUUUCGGUCUGACAUUCGUCGUUCACCUCUAAACCCUAUUAAAAGAUUAAAAAUCAUCCGCAGAGACCAUAAAACCCCUCGAUUUCUCAGUUAGGCGGAGAGAGAAGGCAAAGCCCCAACAAUGGCGGACAAAGAGAUGGAAGCGAUUAAGGGUUUAGACCUCAACAGGUACAUGGGGCGAUGGUACGAGAUAGCGUGUUUCCCUUCUAGGUUUCAGCCCAGGGAUGGCGUCAACACCAGAGCCACCUACUCUCUCAAGGACGAUGGCACUGUGAAUGUGCUCAACGAGACUUGGAGUGCCGGAAGAAGAAGUUACAUUGAAGGAAUCGCUUAUAAGGCUGAUCCUAAUAGCGAUGAGGCCAAGCUCAAGGUCAAAUUCUACGUCCCUCCUUUUUUGCCUCUCUUCCCUGUUGUUGGAGAUUACUGGGUUUUGUUCAUUGAUGAUGAUUAUCAGUACGCUCUCGUCGGCCAGCCUAGUAGGAAUUACCUUUGGGUAUUAUGCAGGAAGACUCAUUUGGAUGAGGAGACAUACGAGGAGGUUGUUGAGAGGGCAAAGAAUUGGGGAUAUGAUGUAAGCAAACUCCACAAGACACCCCAGAGUGAUCCUCCACCAGAGGAGGAGGGACCCCAAGAUACCAAAGGUAUUUGGUGGCUCAAAUCCUUACUGGGAAGAUAGGUCUCCAUGCGGUUAGAGAUAUGCUUCCAUUUCAUGUAAUAAAUUGGAAUCCAGAAUCUUGAUGGAGCAAGUUUGGAUCUUCUUGGUGCCUCUAUUGGGUUUUUUCUGUAUGUAUGUUUAUAAAUAUGGUGUAAGUACCAAGUAUUAUUAUAUGCAUAUUUGGUUAAUGAAAAAAAAAUGGUACAUUGUGUUUUAAAUUGAAA